AUGUGGCUGCUUUGGGCGAAAAUCGUUGAGGUGGAGGUGAUGGCGUCCAAGAGCCACAGCAACCUGGUGCAGCUGCUGGGCCACUGUGUGGAGCACGUGCAGGCCACCAGGUGGACGGAGCAGAUCCUCAUCUACCGCCUCAUGCCCAACGGCAGCCUCGAGCGCUGGCUCCGCAAGGACCCCGCCACAACGCUCACCCUGGCGCAGCGCUUGGAUGUGCUGAUCGGCGCGGCGCGUGGGGUGGAAUACCUGCACAGCUUCGGCAUCAUGCACCGCGACAUCAAGCCCGCCAACAUCCUGCUGGACGAGCACAUGCACGCCAAGGUGGCGGACUUUGGGCUCGUGCGCGUCAGCGAGGGCACCGCCGUGCACUCCACGCGCAUUCAGGGCACGCCGGGCCGCGUGGACCCGGCUUACACUCGCACCAACAAGGUCACCACUGCGUCGGACGUGUACAGCUUUGGGAUUGUGAUUCUGGAGGUCAUCGCUGGGAGGCUAUUGCCGUCCGACACAGUCCUGAACGACAGUAACAUCAUAAACUGGGUGAGGGACACCUUGCAUGACUCCCAUCUGUGGUCGCUGCAGGACCACCGUGGUGGCUUUCAUGCUUCGCUGCAUCCAUCUCAUUCCUGCCCGCCCAACUUUGUCUUGUCCUCAACCUCCCUGCCGUCCAUCUUCCUCCCUCCGCCACGCCAGGCCAAGAAGGCGCUGGAGACCAAUGAUCUGUCGUGCCUCAGGGAUGCCAACCUGCACCCGCCCGUGCCCGACGACAUCCUGCUGCGCGUUGUGCGCCUGGCCGUUCACUGCACGCUUGAGGAAACUGCUAGCCGCCCCAACAUGUGGCAAGUGUGCAGCGAGCUCAUAGGCAUCCGUGAGGAAUGCUUUGGCGCGGGCGUGAACAAAGCUGCGCACAGGGUGGAUGACGAGGUGCGCUGGCAGCAGGCUCAGGUGGCUGUUCCACUGGACGAACAGCUGGACCUUGUCCGGCAGAUGGGUUGA